AUUGUGACAGUAUGUGACGUUAUUUUUUCGAUUUGAAAACUUGUAAACAAAAAAAAUUGUGUAUUAAUUUCGACUUUAAAUUAUUAUGUCAUACUUAUAAUGUUAAAAGCCGCGGCAGUCGCCCAAACAGAGGAGGAGGAAGCACCUAAGGAAGAAGUUAAAAAUGUACCUCAAUAUGGCAGUGUAGCUUGGAUUGACUACUUGAGUGAAACAGAAGGACACCUACCGACACCGAUCAAUGUAUCUAUUGCAGCAUCAUUAUGCUACCCGUGUCCGGAACUUAAGUGGUACAAUUUUGAUGUCUACCCGCAUAAAAUAAAAUUGACAAAUACUGGAUACACAGUAAUACUUGGGGCAAAAUGGCGGACAGAACGUCCAUAUUUGGAGGGAGGACCGUUUUUAGAAAAGCAUGUACUGUCACAAGUCCAUUUUCACUGGGGUAAAAAUAUGAUGGAAGGCAGUGAGCAUACAGUCGAUAAAAGGCGAUAUCCUGGUGAAAUGCAGGUGACAUUUUUUAAAGCGGAUUAUAUGACACAAGAAGAAGCAUUACGCCACAAUGACGGAGUCGUUAUGGUGUGUUAUAUAAUCAAAUACGGAGUGAACCCUGACGAGCGUCUAAGUUGGAUAAUUGAAGGACUUCCAAGGAUUCAAGAAGCACAAACACAUACACGAGUUGGCCCGUAUCCUAUGUCCCGACUGUUGCCAAUGUUCUAUGAAGAUUACUUCCUCUAUUGGGGAGGUUUAGAUACAGUGCGGGGUGAAAACUAUGUCGUUAGAUGGCUUGUACCGCGCAAAUCAUUGUUUGCUUCUUUUGAUCAAAUGAAAGCAUUCCGAAAAUUAUGGAACCCUUGGGAUGAACCCAAUCUUUGUAACUUUAGACAAUUGCAAGAUCGCCAAGAUAGACAAAUUUUAUUUAUUAGCCCACAUUGGAAUUUGUACAACUCUUUACUACCAACACCAAGAAUACCCGAAGAAUCGAUAUCAGUACUAUCGUCAAAUUAUCAAAAAAAUCAUUGGAUGUUACCGCCUCAAAAUGCCUACAUGUUACCAAAGGAAGAGGCUACUGAACAAUAAGACACCUUAUUGUAUAGCAUCAAACCGUCAGUUUUCAUCAAAUCCUAGUAAUAUCGAAACUUCUGAUCAUAUUGAACAAUCAGUAUUUGAAGAAAUCUGUACCGAAACUUUAGAAUCGCUGUGCGAAUAUUUUGAAGAAAUUAUUG